UGCCGGUCCGGUUGUAAAGGAACACCGUAAAAGGCUAUCAAGUGUUCUGUCGUUUUCGUCACGAUGAUCGGGUUUUUAAGAAGCCGCCUAGCUGGAUAGAGCAUACGAGAAAGACAUUUAUUCCAAUAGGAUCGAGAUAAAUCUCUGCAGGGUUAUGGGGAAGCUGAAGACUUAACGAUUGAAAGAAUCCCUUGUCUGCAGGAGGGUGAAUUUAACGAACGAGAAGGUGACCGCAUCGGAUGUUAUCGGAUAGCUACCUUGGCAAAUCGAUAAAUUCCCGAAGAGGAAACUGGAGAGAAAUUAGAUUGCCGUUUGAUCGACCAUUGUACACGCGGCCACUCGGUCUUCGAAGCUACCAAAUCGCAGUGUAACUUCUAACACAAGCCACUGUGCGAGCAGAGGGAAAGGAAGAAGUGUGCUAAAAGAAAAAGCAGCAGAAACAUGGCGCACGAAAACGGGAUAAACGGCGGUGAUACCGAUUCGGAGACGGUGGAAUUGAAUCCAUUGAGGAGAACGAGAUUCCACGUAAAUCGGGUCGACAGUCUCGAAGGUCGUGCCAGUCUUCUGGGCGAGCAAGAGACCAAGAAGUCGUCCCUCAGAUACAUGACCAGGGAGGCCUUGCCCAGACUAGACAAUUACAGGAACAUCAUGAGCAUCCAAGCGGCCCACAGACCCUCCUUAGACGAGUUGCACAAUCCCACUCUUCUCAAUAAGGGUCCUGGCUCGCAUACAUUAACUGUUCCACAACUGAAAUCCAUGGCGUCAGGAGUGAAGUUCGGAUGGAUUCAAGGAGUACUGAUGCGAUGUCUUCUCAAUAUCUGGGGAGUAAUGCUUUUUCUACGACUCUCCUGGGUCGUAGCGCAGACCGGAGUGGGCCAGAGUGUGUUGCUAAUUCUCACGACGACGGUAGUCACGACGAUUACAUCCUUGUCGAUGUCAGCAAUUAGUACCAACGGUCUUAUCAAAGGAGGUGGAACUUAUUAUAUGAUUUCCAGGUCAUUGGGACCUGAGUUUGGCGGAUCUAUAGGUCUUAUAUUUUCUCUAGCAAACGCUGUCGCCUGUUCCAUGUAUGUAGUCGGCUUUUGUGAAAGCUUGGUGGAUUGUCUCCGCCCUUUCAAGGCCUGCAUAGUCGACUGUGCGACCACGGAUAUCAGGAUUAUAGGCUGCAUAACGAUAGUCGUACUCCUGAUAAUUGUUAUAAUCGGCUUAGAAUGGGAGUCAAAGGCCCAAAUAUUUUUGCUAAUAAUUCUUCUCAUGGCUAUUGGCGAUUUUAUGAUUGGCACUUUCGUGGGCCCUAAGAGUGAUUUGGAGAGGGCUCAAGGAUUCGUUGGUUAUAAUGCCGAGCUGUUCAAGGAAAAUUUUUAUCCGAACUAUAGAUACAGCGAAGGCGUGGAACAUAAUUUCUUUUCAGUCUUGGCCAUUUUCUUCCCAGCGGCAACAGGUAUUCUGGCAGGUGCGAAUAUAUCCGGUGACCUGAAGGAUCCACAAAUAGCGAUACCGAAAGGCACACUACUCGCGAUUUUACUGACGUCAUUGUCAUAUUUGAUGAUGGCGAUUAUGGUCGGCGGUACCGUUAUGCGAGACGCGACCGGCAACGUUACUGAUUUAUGGACGACGUACAAUAGCUCUCUUUUGGCUCUGUCGAUGUCUAGUGCAGACAAUGACACUGCGAUCGAAAACAGUACAGUUAUCGAGAAUAUCACUCGUACAUCCUGGAGUAUAUAUGGAACGGAUUUUAACUGUACCGCAGGAUGCAAAUAUGGCACCCACAAUAGCUUCGAGGUGAUACAAUUAGUUUCUGGUUUUGGACCUAUUAUCUAUGCCGGUUGUUUCGCGGCAACAAUUUCAAGUGCCUUAGCAUCGCUAGUUUCAGCGCCGAAAGUAUUUCAAGCUCUAUGCCUUGACAAACUAUAUCCAGGAAUUGCGUGGUUUAGUGGAGAGAAAGAUAAGGAGCCGAUUCGCGGUUAUUUACUUACUUUCAUUAUCGCUGUCGCUUUUAUUUUAAUAGGUGAAUUGAAUGCGAUUGCGCCGCUAAUUUCGAACUUUUUCUUGGCUGCCUAUACUCUUAUCAAUUUCAGUACGUUCCAUGCUUCCUUGGCUAAGCCGAUCGGGUGGCGACCAACUUUCAAGUAUUAUAAUAUGUGGCUCAGUCUCGCUGGUGCUAUUCUUUGCGUUUCUGUGAUGUUUCUGAUCUCAUGGUGGACGGCUCUAAUAACAUUAUGCGUAGUCUUAGCACUAUAUUUAGUAGUCUCAUACAGAAAACCUGAUGUAAAUUGGGGCUCAACUACACAAGCCCAGACUUACAAUAACGCGUUAACUGCGGUGCAACAACUGGAUCGGGUUGAAGAGCAUGUGAAAAAUUACAGACCGCAACUCUUGGUUCUUACUGGCGCGCCCAACGCGAGAUCAUCUCUUGUCGAUUUCGCUCAUCAUAUUACUAAACAUCAGAGUUUAUUUAUUUGUGGUCAUAUCAUUGAGACACCCAUAUCAUACAAAACGCGCAACAGCAUGGUGCAGAACUGUUCUUCUUGGCUCAGGGCGAACAAGAUCAAGGCGUUUUACUCACUGGUAGACAGUUCGAAUUUUCAAGACGGUGCUACUUCGCUCUUACAAGCUGCUGGACUUGGAAAAAUGAGGCCCAAUAUCCUGCUAAUGGGUUACAAGCAAGAUUGGGCUACUUGUCCUCGAGAAAAUUUGAAUAUGUAUUUCAAUGUCAUGCAUAAAGCUCUAGAUAUGCAUAUAGCAGUGGUGCUUCUUCGACUUCAAGAAGGCUUAGAUAGCAGUGCGAUCGGAGAUAUCGAAGAUCAAAAGAGACUUGCGCCUACUUCGAUACCGGGCAAUCAAAGUUUCUCGCAGCUUAGCCAAGCUAGUAGCACAUCUGACAUAUCAAUCCCUGGCAGUCCUGCACCGAGACGUUCAAAAACAAUUAACGAAUAUCCUAAUCCAUCUUCCGAGGAGCAACGCGAAAAUCGACCAAAUAUAGUACCAAUCACAAAUAUACUUAAUGUAGUAACGAAGUUUCAACGGAAACAUAAAAAGGGUACUAUUGAUGUGUGGUGGUUGUAUGAUGACGGUGGUCUAACGCUUCUGUUACCCUACAUUAUCAGUAACAGACGUAAUUGGUCUAACAGCAAAUUGAGAGUAUUCGCACUUUCUAACAAGAACUCUGAAUUGGAGUAUGAACAAAGGAAUAUGGCAAGUCUCCUGUCGAAAUUCCGGAUAGACUAUUCUGCACUAAAAGUUAUACCGGAUAUCUCGAAGCCAGCACAAACUGGUACAAAGACGUUCUUUGAUUCGUUAAUAGCCGACUUUCAGGAAUCAACCGAUUCGAAAAAUUCUGACGACGAUGAUAUGAGUAAUUUCAAAUAUGUUAUUAAAGAUUCGGAACUUAUGGCGAUGAAAGAAAAAACCAAUAGACAUCUUCGUUUGCGUGAAUUAUUACUUGAAAAUUCUAUGGAAGCCAACUUAGUCGUUAUGACAUUACCGAUGCCUCGGAAAGGUGCUGUAUCAGCGCCUCUUUACAUGGCGUGGCUAGAAACACUUACACGCGACAUGCCGCCGUUUUUACUGGUCCGAGGCAAUCAUACGUCAGUUUUAACGUUUUAUUCAUAAUAUUAAUGUGAAACUGAUUGACGAGAUAUUGUAUUUACAAAGCUAUAGAAUACGUCACAAUAGGUGGCGAUAUCGCAGUAUUACAAGUGAAAAGAAAGACUUAAUCAUCUGUAUACAUAGAAAAAAUUGAUUCGACCAUGGCAGAACGAAACAUCCAGUGAUAUAUGUAUAUAUGUAAUAGAGACAAGCUGAUGAUGAUGAGCCUUUAUUAUUAUAUGUAGGAACACAUACGCUUGUGAAUGAAGCACUAUUGAAAAAUGUACCUAUAAUGAAUAAUCU